CAGUGCCCACCAGAAAUGCUCCAGGUCCAGCACAUCAUGGGCUCUGAACCUGCUGCAGCAGCAGCAUCACCUGGAGGAAGCCCUUCUGUGAAACCUGGGAACUCAGGCUCGGGCACAUCCCGGGAACAGGAGAUUGAGGAGGAGUACCUGGAGCUGCUGGGGAGAAUGGUGAACACCACUGAAAAUCCCCUGAUGAAAUACACGCAUCUGAAUUAUAUUGGCAGCGGAGGGUUUGGAGAUGUUUACAGAGCACUCGACACUGCCACAGGAGGAGAGGUGGCAAUAAAAAAAAUAAAUCUUCAAGGAGUGCGGAGGAAGGAGCUAACCUUUAAUGAAAUAAUGAUCAUGAAGAGGUAUAGGAGUCCCAAUGUUGUGAAUUAUUUAGACAGCUACCUUCUGGGCGAGGCACUCUUGCUGGUUAUAGAGUACAUGGAUGGAGGUGUCCUGAGCGACAUCGUCAGCCAGACCUGCCUGUCUGAAGAUGAGAUGGCAGCCAUCAGUCAGGAGUGCCUGCAAGGACUGGAUUUUCUUCAUUCAAACGAUGUGAUCCAUCAAGAUGUGAAGAGUGACAACAUCCUUCUCAGAACCGACGGCUCUGUCAAACUGGCUGAUUUUGGCCUCGCUACUCAGCUCAGCCCUGAGCAGAGCAGACGGUGCUUGCUAACUGGGACUCCUUGGUGGAUGGCGCCUGAAGUGGUGACAGGUCAACCAUAUGGCCCCAAAGUGGACAUAUGGUCUUUUGGAAUUGUGGACAUUGAAAUGAUAGAACAAGAACCUCCUUACUUGAGUGAAAGUUCUGGCACGGCUACACACCUGAUAGCCACAGUAGGGACUCCACAGCUGCGGCAGCCCAAGCUCCUCUCGGCUUUGCUGCGUGACUUCCUGAGCUGCUGCCUGCAGACAGACGAGGAGCGGCGCUGGACUGCUAAGGAGCUCCUGCAGCAUCCAUUUGUAACUUCAGCCAAGCCACCAUUCAUCCUGGCACAAGUCAUCAACUCAGUGAAGAAGACGAAUAACCCUAACCCUAAACCCUAG